AAUUAAAUUCAUUAUUCAUAAAAGUUAAAACUAUUAAAAAACAGAAGUUAAAGAGCAGACAGUAUUUAGUUAUACACAACCAAGACUCUGUAGAGUUCUGGUACGUAGAGAAUCUAAUGUUUUUUAAACUAUCAAGGAUUGUUCUCAAUAAGGGACUUCACUUUUCUAAGUAUACAAGUACAUUGUCCAAGGCUGCACAUGAAAAUAUGUCUAGUUUGCAUUUAUCUGAAGUAAUAGCCGCUUUGGAAAACUUUGCGCCAAAAUCUCUAUCAGAAAGCUGGGAUAAUACUGGUCUCUUAGUUGAACCAUACACUCCAAGACAAAUCAGCAAGAUUUUAUUGACAAAUGAUCUAACAGAAGACGUCGCAUUAGAAGCCGAUAACCAUGGCUGUGAAAUGAUUAUAUCAUAUCAUCCUCCAAUAUUCGCACCUUUGAAAUCGGUAAAACAAAGUGCUUGGAAGGAACGGGUUGUUUCGCUAUUGUUAGAAAAACGUAUAUCAUUGUAUUCUCCUCACACAAGUUGGGAUUGCGUGAAGGGUGGUGUCAAUGAUUGGCUCGCGUCAGCAUUCCCCGUGGCCGAAUCUUCGCCUAUAACCCCUGGAGUCGAUCCUACAACAGGAGCUGGAAGACUUCUAAAACUAGAGCAAAACAUUUCGAUAUCGGGCGCUGUAACAAGAGUUAAGCAUCUAACUGGACUGCAGCACGUGCGACUGGCGUUAGGUAAAAGCAAAGUAAUGGAUGGAACUAGUGUGGCUACAAUUGCGUUGUGUGCUGGUUCGGGAGGAUCAGUGCUCAAGAAUGUAUCGGCUGAUCUGUUCCUUACGGGUGAAAUGUUACACCACGACGUACUUGAUGCUGCUCAGAGAGGAAUAUCUGUUAUUUUGACCAAUCAUUCGGAUUCUGAACGAGGAUUCUUAAAAGAAUUUUCUUUGUAUCUUCAAAAUAAUCUUAAUAACAAAGUUCAAGUUUUUGUUAGCUCAUCCGACAGAGACCCUCUGACAACCGUGUAAUGCAAUCUGAAUAAAACACAAAGUUUAAAUAUAGCAUGA